AUGGCUCGUCUUCUCUUCCUCCUUUUCACUUUGGCCGGCAUGGCCCUCGCCAAGAACGUCUCGUUCACUUCUGGCGACGCAACUGGCUGCAUCAGCCUUUCCCACAUCCAGGCCCUUGGCCAGACCUUCGACUGGCUCAACGCCAACAGCACCAGCGACGCUUCUCUUCCUGCUGUUCCUGAGCAGUUCAUCAAUGCUCCCUCCGAGUGCAUCCCUGAGUCCCUCUACGAUCUCUACUUUGAGCCCAUUGUUGAAAUGGCCAAGAAGGAGGACCUCCUCGCCAACCUUGACUCGGUCCUCGAGUUUGUUGGUGGCGAGCACUCAAUCCACAAACGCGCCCGAAACUGCCCCCAGAUCAAGGAUGCCGCUUUGAAGAAGGCCAACUCUUUCAGCUGCGACAGUGCUCCCCACCCCAGCGCCUGCCGCUCUUGUGCCAACUUCUCGGGUAUCAACUUUGUGGCCGCCUGCGUCGCUUGCGCUGCCAAGGCUAAUCAGGAGAGCAUCUUCUGCUGCGCUGCUGCUGCCACUACCUUUGCCACCUACUACUCUCAGGUCUGCCUGGAGAAGUAA